AUGAGGCUCUUUACACUCGCGGCGUUGGUCUCGCUCGGCAUCCAAGCCGUAGUGGGGGCAACCACCACGUCGACGGCGGCAGUAGCAACGGAGACGGCUCCCUUGUGCGGUUUGAAAUGCAUCCAGCAAGAGGCACUGAAGUCUCAACUCUGCGCACCUACGAACGCCACCUGCAUCUGUACCAACGUGGAGCUGAACCAGCUGAUUUCGCUCUGCGUACAUGAAGAAUGCUCAGUCCGCGAUGCACUACUUGUGCAGAGCUACUCAAAACACACAUGCAAAGCACCGUCAAGAGACCGAACGGCUCUCGUAUGGAUUGUUGGCGUUGUCUUCCUCGCUCUUGGUCUCUUGGGCUUUGGCCUUAGAGUGCUGGCCAGAUUAUGUCUGGGUGUUCAGACAUGGGGACCUGAUGACUGGGUAAUGCUCAUCGCAGUGGCGAUGAUGAUUCCUCUCAACGCGCUGUCGUUUCCAAUUUCGAAAUACCUUGGAAAAGAGAUGUGGGAUGUGGCACCGGAUGAUAUCACGCAAUUCCUUUACCUAUUCUACUGGGACGAACUGCUCUACCUGGGAGCUCUGCCAGUCACGAAAAUCUCGAUCCUGCUCUUCUACCUCAAGAUCUUCCCCAGGAGAGAGAUCAGAAUUGCAUGCUAUGUCAUGAUCGGUCUCAACGUCGCCUACUUCGUCGUCUUCGAGCUCAUCUCCAUUUUCCAAUGUCGACCCAUCGACGGCGCUUGGAGGGCGUGGGACAAGGAAUACCCGGCGAAGUGCAACAACAUCAACAUCCAAGGUUGGGCAGCGGCUGUCUUCAACAUCAUUCUGGAUCUCGGAACCAUGAUCUUGCCCCUCGGCGAGCUCUACAAGCUCUCCAUGUCCAUCAAGAAGAAGGUCCAGAUUAUGCUCAUGUUCAGUGUUGGAUUCUUCGUCACCAUCGUCAGUGUCGUCAGACUCAAAUCCCUGGCAAGCUAUGCCACAACCAGCAACGUAACAUACGACUACGUCGAAGUUGGCUACUGGAGUACCAUCGAAGUUCCUGUUGGCAUCAUCUGUGCGUGCAUGCCCGCCAUCCGCUCCCUGUUCAGCCUGGUCUUCCCCAAGGUGUUCGGCACGACACAGGGCAAGUCCAACUACGCCAACAUCUCGGACCAAAAGCCGCUGUCGAGCUCUCAGAAGCUCUCAUCAAAAGCCUCAUCUCUCAAGGCGAUCCGGGUGAAGAAAGAGUUCACCAUCAGAUCGAAGCGUGGAGACGACGCUUCGUUCAUCGAACUCAACCACACUCCGUUCAGCGGCGACCACAGGCCGUCAUCGGACAAACGAGCAACGACACCCCACGAGUCGGUAUGA